AUGCAGCAGCGCGUUCAGAUCCAGGAGGUGCUGCCCAAGGCCGGACUCGUGUACUCGGAGCGUGGCAACUUGACUGAGGUACUCUGCAAGCCCAAGAUCAUGCCCAUCAAGUCGGCGACGCUGCUGCGCAUCGAGGAGAUCGAGAAGCAGGCGCGUGCUCUCGCCAAGCCAGCGACUGCCAACUCACCAGACUAUUACCGCCCUGGUACAUCGAGGAAAUGAACGCCUUUCAAAGCAGCUAGACCCGGCGAAGAAUCGAUAACUCGUGUGGCGACUAAGCUAGCAAACACGACUUGUUUACAUUUGC